UAGAAGCCUCUAGACCAUGAGCUAUUAGAGAGAGAAAGAGAAGGAAAAGAAAGAAAGAGUGAGCAAAAAAUGGUUCUGCUUGAAAAGCUUUGGGAUGACAUUGUUGCUGGACCUCAGCCUGAACGCGGGCUUGGCAAGCUUAGGAAGGUCACCCCAAAACCCUUGAACAUCAAAGAUGUGGAGGGAGAGACAAGCAGCAGCAGCAAGUUGGCGAUGCCUAUGAGCCCAGGAACUCCAGUAACCCCAGGAACACCAGUAACACCAGCUUCAGCUCGUGCUAAGGACAACGUUUGGAGGAGUGUUUUCCACCCAGGCAGCAACCUCGCCACCAGAACCAUGGGCAACCAGGUCUUUGACAAGCCGCAGCCCAACUCUCCCACUGUCUAUGAUUGGCUCUACAGUGGGGAGACCAGGAGCAAGCAUCGCUAAGGUGACAAGCAAGCAACUGAUGAGAGCAGAGACCAGCUAAUAGCUACCCGGGGUUGCAUGUAAAUAGUGUCGUUUUUUCAUUUCUGCGUUUGCCACGUGCCUUGGUGGUGGUUUGGACUGGACUGGAUUGUUUUUGGGAUUUAGGUUGUGUCGUUUUAAUUUUGGUAAGUAAAUGUAUAAGGCCUUGUUUGGCCUAUGUGAGAGAGAGAGAGAGAGAGAGAGAGAGAGAGAGAGAGAGAGAGAGAGAGAGAGCUCACUGUCUUUAAGCAUUAUUAAUGACGUAUGUUUAAUGUGUGUGUAGCGUUGUAUAAGUAAAACUGGCACGGUGGAUGACUCUUUGUUUAGUCAGAUCAAACCGUGAGUUGCUUUCCAAUUUUAUCUUCAAAUAAAUAAAAAUAUAUUUCUGCUAAUUUA